CUGCACCGGGCCCAUUAAAGCCCAAGAGAACUUAACAUACUGGACCCACGGCCCAGUUCCCUUUCUCCCUUUCGUCCCACUGUUAUCAUCGGCGCCCGCGGUGGCCGGCGGAGCCUUCGGAAGCCGAGCUGCUAGACGGAGGCGGUGACGCCCGGUUGUCAAGCAUCGAGCUUAAGUGAGAUGGACAUCUUUUAUCAGUGUAAAGAGAUCCUGAAGAUCCAGAAGUUUCGACGGAUAGCGUCCUACGCUGGAUUUUACUGCUUCACGACCCUCAUUACCUAUGCUUACACAAGCAAUACGACAAGGGCUGGGAUCUCUAGAGCGGACCAGUAUUAUGCCUCCUACCCUGCUGGUACUGAGCUACUAACUGACACUGCAAAGCUUUACAAGGCCGCAUUAGGUAAUUGUUUUGAAAUAGAUGACUGGGGCCCGAUUGAAUUCUCCAUCAUGGCAAAGCAUUUUGACAGGCAGGGGAAACCACCCUAUGCAUACCACGCUCAAUACCUGGCACAUCUCCUCUCCCAUGGGCAACUCGACGGAAGCGGUUAAAUGCAGGAUGUAUCGUUGGUAGCAACAUCAAUGCAACAAGAAUUUCACUAGACCUUGUACAAAAGUAGUGUCUUGCUAUAACACUGAGUUUCAGACUGCAUUGGCCAUUGGCCAACAAAUUGCAGUGCUGAAAUUUAGGCCAUUAACUGGUACAACACCAGUACCAAAUUUGUUUGUUGUCACGCAACAAUUUCUGAAAAACAUGACGCUGUCCUGUUGGAGCAUUUAGCUGUGUCCUUUCAUUGUUGAAUACUACUCUGGAUGUCAAGGCAUGUGAUGGUUCGUGCGCC